AUGUUGUGGAUUGUAGUGGCCAUGUUCCUUGGAUUCGGUUCAGUUAGUACCGCUGUGGCCAACUUUUCUCUUCCAAUAAAUUUUUGUGCGAGCAAAGUGAACUUGAUCUACGUGGAAGUUGUGAAGCAGUUUUUCCAGGAAGACGAAUAUUUGACCAAAAUCGAAGCAACUCGUACUGAAGAUGGCGUAAGCACCCCAAUGCAAUGUGCUUUAGAUGGAAUUGAAAAACCUUUAGUGCUGUAUACUUACGAAAACCUCUUCGAUUCUAAAAGCGUUAAAAAUAUCAACGAAGUUCUCCAAGUGAACGCAUAUCUCAGUCGAGGAACCUACGAAACAUUCAGGCAAUCGCUUAUUCCUAGUAUGGCUCGAGUAAAUCCUUUAGCUAAAUUGAUAUUAACGGCAAGAUUUAUUACACGAAAUCAGAUUCUAAGUAUAUUUCAAUUGGCAUGGAUUAAUUAUCGCAUGCCCAACGUAAUAUUUGUGAGCAGAGCUGAUAAUAUAUCGAUCGAAUCAUGCUUGUUUAAUCCAUUUUUAACACCACGGGGAGUAGUCGAUAUACGGAACGUAAACUGUUCCAUUCUGCGAUCACUAGAGGAAGUCGCUCCAUAUAUAGAGAAUGCAAAACAUUUUCUGUAUGAACGAGCCCACAAUCUUCACCAUUAUCCAUUACGGAUAGCAAUAGCGGAUAUUGAUCUCAUGUCAAAAGCCGUGUAUUCAGAUAAAAAGAUUCUUCGAUUUGAAUAUCUCGAUGGAGAGAUCGUUGAUAUAAUGAAACGAAUGAUGAACUUUAGCACGGAUUUUGUUAUCCUGCCAAGUCAACUGUCGACGGGAUUCGUGUUUCCGAACGGUUCCUUAGGAGGUUCACUGGAUCUAAUCGAACGACAUAAAAUAGAUCUAGCCGCCAAUACACGAAUUAUUCACAAUCAUAAUACUAAAAAUGUACAGUAUUUGCAUCAUUUAAUCACAACAAAGCUGGUUUUCAUUGUUCCGAAGAAUUUUUACGAAUCUCGAAGUCAAGACCGUGUGUUUUUCAAUACUUUUACCUGGUGGUUUUACUCUAUCAACAUCUUGAUGGCAAUUGUGUUGCCGUUGGUAUUGAAGAUAACCAAUUGGAACUCUCCUGACGAACACAGGGAUACGUACACAGCUGAAAUUAUGCAUAUUCUUGCAAUAACUUUGGCAGUAUCUACAAAACUACCGAAGCGAUUCCACGCUCGGACGAUCCUCUGCGGAAUCAUGUUGUACAAUUUAAUUUCAUAUUCAAUUUGGCAGGCCAUCAUCAUCAAACGGCUUAACUCGAAAAAUGACUAUGCAGAUGACAUUCAAGGAUUAAGCGAGCUGCUGGAUGCGCAUCUCACACUAACCAUCCCAGUAGCAUAUGCAGAGUUCAUUCGUCCUGUCACAAAGGAUGUCAUGACCACAGAUAGUUUAUACAGAAAGCUUUCCCAGGGAGCAACAGUGGCAAGCAACAACGUUACGGGAGCUAAGCUAAUAAUCGAUAUGCUGAAUCAGCGUUCAUCGGCCGUGCUGCUUCACGACAUUCGUGCGGACGUGGUCAGGGCUCGAUUCUACGAUACAGAAAACCUGAAGAGUUUCGUCCACGUGAUCAAUGAGAAUGUCUUUGAAUUCUACAGUGCGAUGGCUUUACCGCUGGAUUCACCAUUUCUAGAACAAUUUAAUGAGAUCACGACACGCUGCGUUGAAACGGGAAUUGUUGCCAGCCAGUUGUCCAAAAUUUCGUUCAAAGGAAAACUCUACCAGAUCGAGAAAAAUAGAAAUAUAACGCGCGAUGGCACAGAAGGAAGUGGUACGAAACGAUUCGAGUUACGUGUUUGGAGAAAUGUGUUCUGUUAUUAUUUCGGUCUGAACGGACUUGCACUGGUAGUGUUUUUGGCUGAGAUCACUGUGCAUCGGUUUUCUGCUAGGAAACAAAAUAUGAUGCUUCGUCGGCGUAACUUGAGAAAAAAUAAGACUACUGAGUAUUUCAUGAGACCCGAACGAGUGCACGGUGUGAAAUGGGUACCCAUACUAGACACUCGAACAAAGCCAAUAUGUUUUCUACCAUGAAAAUUUUGGAACAAACAAGUAUUAA